UUUCCUCGUUAUACCAAUUUAAUUUUCGACUUUAAAGUUAAGGUUUCAAAUUUUUAGAUUCAAAAAUGAUAAUGUAUCAUAUAUUCUACAUGGAUAGGGGCCAGGCCAUGGUAUUUGAUUUAAAUGCAGAAACUACAACAUUCAAUGUACUACAGGAUAUGGUAUCCAAGGAGGUUGGUCAUCGAAUCUCUGAUCUGACUUUUCUUGAUGAAAGCGGUACUACCCCGGAUGGUAACAAAAGUUUGGCAGAGAUCAGUACUCUUGGCACUGAAACAUCUCCAGUGUACUUUUUUCUAAAAUCUGGAAACGAAAGAGAAAACCACAACGGCAGUGAUGUGACGUACAUUUUUCAGAUGAUUGACGAUGCUGUUGAUCAGGCACAAUACGUUCUGAAAAAUCAGGACCCUCUGAAAAUCUACAUGGAGCUGCCAGAACGAGCAAAAAACUGUAGAAAAGUCUGCGCAGAGACUUUGCAAAUGUGUGCCAGGCUGGUCCAACAGCAUAGGUUUUUACAUAAGGGUUGGUUGGCGUUGAUUAACAAUCUGGAUAUAUCUGUCAGCAAAAUGGACAAAAGGGGAAAGAAGUUCAAAUUGGUACACUCAAAAAGCGAAGAACUCAUUGAAAAGUCGGACACACUCCUGUUGAACUAUUCCGACGUUGUUGAACAAUUACGAAGGAUCGAAGUUCCUUCGGAAAUUUUUGUGAAACCAGCGUCUUUGAUGACUUCCACAUCAACUCCAAUCAAUCCAGACGAAAAAUGUACAUUGUUUGAUUUUAUUGCGAUGGCUGAUCCAGAAGCAUCUCUUGAUGGUUUACCUGACUUGGUUAAUGAGAAGAUUCGACAGCUCAAGGAGCAAAAUGCUAUUAGUGUAUAUACGAGGCUCCAAUCUGUACAUGAAACGUCGAAGAAUCAAGAGUAUCGAGAUUUCAAGGGAAUUAAUAAACGAUUUUCUCAGCUUGAGUUUAGUUUGAAAAGCUGUGAAGAAAGAAAAAACUUGGUUCACAAACUAGUCGCUCAAAUUUUGGAAACUCCGAAAAUCAAUGACCAGAAUAAGCUACCACCAAUUAUCGAAGAACACCGUCAAUGCAUGCUGACUAUUUUCGAAAACUUUUCAGAAUUUCGAAAUAUGGUCCGCGUUUUUGAUCAGUCAAAACAGGAAAUUCUAAAAAAUUUGCGAACGAGAAUGUCUGGAUUUGUGGUUCAAAACUACGAUCGAUUACGCGUUGUUCUCAACGACAUUGUACAGUACGAAUACAAAAGCAAUGCAGUUCGCAUUCACAUGGAUCUUAUUGGUCAGAUUCGAGAUGCACCGAUUCUUUAUUCACAGAGUGUUUCGGAAAUUGUACGCCGCCGACUUUUGAAAACCGAACUGGAAGAAUGGCACACUGAUCAUUCCACUAAGUGUGCUCAGUUUAGUACCGACGAGGAAAAGAGUCGGGAACAACUUGGACGAAAACUUAAGAAACAUUUUCUUCAUGCACUUUUCCCAGGACUUUUCGAUAACUUGCCUGAGUUUUAUGUAAAAGCUCCGUUGGAAAAAUAUGACACAGAUUUACCAAAUAUUGCAAAAGAGUACAUCAAGGAUCUACGGGACGCUCUUCCAGAAUUGGAACCUUUUCUGAAAGUGACACUGCCAAAUGUUGCAAGCAAACUUGCCACAAAGGGUAGUAAACAGCAUCCAUCGUUUGGACAGACUCGCGUUGAAAGUUUUCUGACGGAUGAACCGAUGAGAAUGGCUAGAUCUCAUUUCAACUAUUCACCGGCGGCUUGGCUCAGCGAGGAUGGAGGAGAUUCAUCCCCGGUUCCCCAACCGCUGAUGUGCCGCUCACCGGAAAAUGCUCUUCGCGAGUCACAGUGUCGAUCGAUUCCAUAUGUUCCAUCGCUUCAGCAGUUGGAGGGACUGGAUGGUCCCGCUCCAGGUUCUUCUGCGCCUAUCAGCAUUCCGAAUUCAACGUCAUCUCGUAUUAACUUCAAGCAAUCUGGACGUCAGCAAAGUUCUCAAGACUUGCAUCACGUUGGCUCUGCUGUUUCAUCAGACACUUCUUUGCUUGGACACGAGACUCCUGUCAAAAUGGAGGACACUGUGUUGAUGACAGAAAACAAAUCGGAACUGAAUCUUGAAUCGAAUAUGAAUGACAGUAACGAUAGUAUCGAUUCUCUACUUGACGUUUACGAGCACAUUGAUUAUUCGGCAGAAGAUAUUCUUCUUGGAUUAUCGGACCACACAGUCCAAUUGGAAGACGCGGUGAAGCGACUCUCCAAAAUGCAGAAUAUCGUUGCGAAUAUGACACCGAGAAAUGAGAAACUGUUCAAAUAUCUUCAUCAAACUGCUCCCCGCGACUUUGAGAUAAUUAUUCAUGACGGUGACAAAUUGAAAAAUCGUGUUAAAGAACUUGGCGAAAGUGUGGAAAGUCUUGAAACAGAGCUAGAAAACAAGAAAAGCACAGAGUCUAAUUUGGAGGCAAAACUUGCGGAAAUGACAGUUUCUCAUAAAAAAGAAAUUGAAAAUACUCAAGCGGAAUGUAUAAAGCGAAUGUCUGUCGAGUUUGAACUGAUGACAGAUAGUAUGUCAAGGCAGAGCAAAGAGCAAAUUGAGAGCAAAGAUCGUGAAAUUGAAGAACUGAAAGCAAAACUGGAGAAGCAGAACAUCGCUCAUGAGAAAGCACUUCGUAACGAUCCGUACUCUGAAGAAUAUAAACGUACUCUCACAGCUGAAAUCCGCGCAGAACUUGAAAAAGAGUUCAAACAACGCAUCGAAGUCAUCACAAAAGCGGUGGAGUGCAAGAAAGACGAAGCAUUUGCACGUCAAGAAAAAACCUUGGAAAUUGAAAAUAGAGUCUUAUCCUCUGAGAAUGAGUCAAAGUCAAAGAAACUGGAGGCAAUGAAUCGUGAGAAGGAGCAGCUGGAGUCGUUGAUCCGCCAGAUGCCAGAAGGAGAAGUUAUACUGGACGAGUUCAAUGCUUUGAAAGAAAGUCAACCAUCGGCUCAAAUCAAAGACAGAUUUGCUGCAAUUCGAUCGAGAAUGGAGAGGAGCACCGACGGAAAAUGCCUUGACACCAACAAAGUACUUCUCAUCGACAAUAUCCUCAAGGUUCACAAACUUCAGCAAUUAGUAAACGAAAGAGAGCAGUAUCGAGAUGUUAUCAAAAGUCAACCAGGAGGUGACCAAGUUUUGCAAUUCUUGGAAAACUCUACGCCUACAGUGCCAGUGGAUAUGGAAGCCUACUUCAACGAGCUCACUAAUUUUUCCGGAUCAUUUGACGAAGCCGGGCGGAAGAUUGCCAAGAUUCACGAAAUUGCAAUGGAAACCAUUUGGCUUCAAGCACUAGUUCGUGCUAAUCUAGGCGGGCCGUCUUUGAGAGACAUCUCAGCUGAUAUCCACAAAGAAAGUUAUCAGAAGGAUGUAGAAACAGUGACGUCUAUUGCGAUGAUGGAUAUUUUCAUCGACCACGAUAGAGAUGAAAUCAAGAAACUCACUCGAACAUUGCAAAUUUGGUUGAAUACUAAUGUGUCGAGUCUCCGAUCCGGUGGAACGUACGCAAUCGAAGAUUCUCCAAAGAUCAGAGAAUGUGCUUCCAAAUAUAAAUCAAUGGCUCUCAAAGUUUCCACCUACCAAGGAAUGGAGGAAAGUUUCUAUCAACCAAUGGCAGCCAGCACCAUCCAGGUUGCUACUUCUCCAUCCGAACUGGAAGUGGAAAGAAGCAGCCAAAACACUAUCUGUACACAAACACGCCUAUGCCUCCCCGCCAUGAAUCUUUUGGUGUCAGUUCAAGAUAUCAAAAUUGGUUGUGCGGUUAUUGUUAUCUGGCACCAGGCACAUAACGCUUAUGUCAUUUUUUGCUCAAGCCCGAAUCGUUACUUCGUGAAAGAAUCGUCGAUUCGUCGUUUGGGAAUCAACACACAGAACGCAGCCACUCGCCGCAACUGGAUAAUUGCGCGAGUUGUUCGUUCUGACAGUUGCUCUAUCAAGAAGCCAGUUAACCGGUACAACUUGCCAAUUGGCACUAUCGUCCGUCGCGUUGAGGUGGAAGCUGUGAAUAUGGAUUUUGAAGGGGACUUCAAUCAUAUUUCUAUUGCCUGAUCCUUUAGCGUUCAUUAAAAAUUCUGGUCCAAAAAUUGUAAAUGUCAUGUCCCUCUUUUUUUUGUUUCUGAAAAAUGUAAAUUCCUUUCAUAACGUAAGCUUUAUACGUUCAUGUCCCCUUUACCUCUUUUGUUCUCCCAACUCGUCAGUCUUUUGGGCCCGUCAAAAUCUUUUGGUCUUACUGGUACUGUAUAGGUAUAUAUUUAAUUGUUCAUUUUUGAAAUGCUGCUUCGUGGUCCAAAUAACCUGAUACCUUGAUAUGGAUAUUUGAAAUGAAUGUUGCAAAUUUAGAAUAAUUGAAAACCAACAACUAUUAUUUUUGUUUCAAAGUAAACUAUUAAUUUCACUGUAUUGAAUUUCUGUUUGUAUAUGAACACAAUACAAAUGCGAUAAUUUCAGAAUUUAAAUGAAUAAAAAAA